AUGUUUUCUCAAAAUAUGAUAAUUCGUGAUGGUGAAUACACGAAAACUAUAUACACAAUGAUCAAGGAGGAACGUUUCCAGGAUUCUAUAAACACGUUGAAUAGCGUUCCGGAAUCGUCAACUACCCGUGCCGGUCUCUCGCUGCUUGGGCACUGCUAUUACCAGAUGCAGGAUUUCAUCGAGGCGGCCAAUUGUUACGAACACCUGAUUAACUUGGUACCGGAUGUGCAUGAAUAUCGCCUAUACUACUCGCAAUCUUUGUUUCAAGCAGGCCUAUUUGAAGAAUCUUUAAAAAUCAUUGGAACUGGGUUGGAAGCACCUGAGCUGAAGGAAAAGGUCCUGCAAUUGCAAUCGGCAAUUGCAUACGGUAAUGAGGACUACACGGCCGCUCAAUCUUUACUCCUGCAGCGCCAGGAUGGCAACGGUUCGGAGGCGAGUACUAAGAACGACGAAGGUUGCUUGCUGUACCAGGCGAAUAUGUACGAGGACGCUUUACAGCGUUACGUGUCUGCACUGCAGGCAGGAGGGUUUAAUCCACACGUUGCUUAUAACGCUGCACUUUGCCACUAUCGGCGAAAAGAAAAUUCUCAAGCACUAAACUACAUCGCCGAAAUUGUGGAACGUGGCAUUCGCAACCACCCGGAACUAGGCGUAGGAGCUCAGGCAGAAACCGAAGGCGGCGCCAGAAGUGUGGGCAAUCCUCCGGCUCUAGCUGCGUCGGGUCUUGCACAAGCCUUCAACCUAAAGGCUGCUAUCGAGUACCAAGAAGCGAACAUUGAAGGUGCCCGAGAGGCAUUGACCGAUUUGCCACCGCGAUCAGAGCCUGAGUUGGAUCCAGUGACGCUUCAUAACAUGGCCUUAACCGAUCCUGUCGGUGGGGGAGCUGGCUUGCGUCGAUUGGCUUUUCUGCUCGAACUAGGACCCCCAACAUGCCCACCGGAAACGUUUGCGAACCUGCUGCUUUUAUGCUGCAAGCAUGAAAUGUACGACACGGCCGCAGACAUUCUUGCGGAACAUACGCACCUAACGUACAAGUAUCUUUCGCCGUACUUGUACGAUCUGCUGGACGCGUUGAUCACAGCACAAUCGACACCGGAGGAAGCCGAACAGAAGCUUGGAACGUUGGCCAACAGCAUCGGUGGCAGAUUACGGGCUCUAGCAGCCAAAGUGCAAGAAUGCCGUUCGGCGACGGACCAAAACGCACUAAGGAUGGCACUUCGCGAGUAUGAGGGAGCCCUCGAGAGCUACCUUCCGGUGGCGAUGGCCCGAGCUUGGAUUCCGUGGCGCAUGGAUGAUUUUCAGGGCGCGGAGCGGGAAUUUCGUGCCAGUGCGGAGUUUUGCUCCGAAACGCCUUCUUGGCGGCUUCACGCGGCCCACGUGUUGUUCAUGCGCGGUGACCGUUAUAAGGAGGCAGCUGCGUUCUACGAACCGAUCGUGCGACAGAACUACGACGACAUUCUCUCCAUACCGGCCUCGGUUUUAGCAAAUUUGUGCGUUGCUUACAUCAUGACCUCGCAGAACGAGGAAGCCGAGGAGCUGAUGCGUAAGGUGGAGCGAGCAGAAGAGCGUAAGGGUAACGCUACCGGGCAAUGUUUGCAUCUUUGCAUCGUCAACCUUGUUAUUGGAACGCUGUACUGUGCGAAAAAUAAUUACGAAUUUGGAUUAUCGCGUAUUGCACAUGCGCUGGACGGCGGAUCCGGAGCUAGGCUGUGCGCUGACACGUGGAUCCAUGUGAAACGAUGCGUUCUUGGACUGCUUACCGGCAUGUCGAAACAAACGAUCGUACUACCGUCGAUUGCACUUCAGGAAACACUCAAUUUUCUGCGUGCCUGUGAAGCGUACGGUAUUACUAUACCAUCUGUGUUGACGGGUCCUUUAGAAGACUCAGGAGAACAGCCACCAUCGAUUGGGCUGGAGGCGCGUAAGCUGCGUGCCUUACUACUGCGGUUGAUGGAGUACAAGUAA